AUGGUCUUCUUCCUCACCCUCGCCUACAUCGCCAUCUCAAUUGACGCCUCUGGCCUCAUCCGAUACCUGGCCUUCAAGGUCCUUCAAAAGGCAGGCAAGGUCGGCCACCGACUAUUCUUCUACCUGUUUGUCUUCUUUUUCGGUCUCGGUAGCUUCAUCGGAAACGACCCGAUUAUCCUAUCUGGUACAGCAUUCCUCGCAUACAUGACCCGUGUGUCAAGCAAUAUCGUCCACCCCAGAGCCUGGAUCCACAGCCAAUUUGCCAUAGCUAAUAUCGCCUCCGCAAUUCUUGUCUCCUCCAACCCCACCAACUUGGUCCUAGCUGGCGCCUUUAAGAUCAAGUUCAUUGUCUACACCGCAAACAUGAUCGUUCCAGUCCUGGUAACGGCAAUCAUUCUUUUCCCGUUCCUGCUCUACAUCAUUUUUGCCGACGAAUCCCUCAUUCCUUUCUCCAUCACAAUGCAUGAGCUCUCUGAGGCCCAGAAGAAGAAAGCACCCGUAAACCCCAACAUCCCUCAUGCCAGAGGAACAACUGAAGAGCAAGAGGAAGCCGACGAUAAGGAGGGAAAGCAACUAUCCCUAGAAGAGAUCAUGAACCCAUUCUUAGACAAGAAGGGUGCAUCUUUCGGGGGGUUCAUCAUGGCCGCCACGCUCAUCACCCUCCUGGCAAUCAAUGCAUCAGGCAAAGAGCAUCCCGUUUUUUGGGUUACAUUGCCCGCUGCCUUUGUGAUGUUCUGCUGGGAUCUCGUAUUUGGAUGGCUCCAUCGCCACGAAACCCGUGAAAUUGCCGCGAAGGGUCGACGGGAUAUUGAAGAUGCACGGACAGAGCGAGUAACGCGUAAGCGAGAUGAGCAGCAAGCGCUCGCAGAAAAAGUGCAUCCAGAGACUUUGGGGUUACACCAGUCUGAGACAUACGAUGGCUCAGACCUGCACCGCCGCAAUGAGCGUAGAGAUGAUGAUGUCCCGCUUGAGGGCACCAAGAGUGAUAUCGCCUGCAAAAAUCCCUACCCAGAAUGCGGAAUUCAAUCUUCCAACUCCGUGGUCAUCGACAAGGGAAAGUUCCCGGAACUACAGCCACGCCGUGUUGUUGCAACGAACAGCAAAAAUCGAGCUCGCGCAACUUCUCCCGGGGCCCUAGACUCGAGACAAACCACCGAGACGAUGAUACUGGACGAGAAGCGGGGAUUUCCGGACCGUCAGGACAACGUCCCACGCUCGUUGGUCUCGCUCGCUGGCGAUGUCUAUGGCUGGUCGCAGGAGACAUUCCCCACCGUGACGGUCGUAGUAUCCCACAUGCCUUUCGCACUGGUCCCCUUCGCUUUCUCGAUGUUUAUCCUGGUGCAGGCACUUGUCACCAAGGGCUGGGUGCCGGUGUUCGCGUACGGAUGGGACCACUGGGUAGGAAAGACCGGGACAAUAGGCAGCAUCGGUGGAAUGGGAUUCCUGUCUGUGAUUCUGUGCAAUGUGAGUGUUGACUCCGCUGACCGUUGGACCACCACUUUUCCACUUCUCUACUCCCCUUCCAACGCACUACUAACUCGCCAUCUUUUAAUUCCCAGUUCGCCGGCACAAACAUUGGCACCACGAUUCUCCUCUCGCGCGUAA